AUGGAUCUGGAUAUCGAGAUGGACGAUGCAGCGCAGCAGGCGCCGCUGGUAGAGGAGGAACCUUCGCACGCCGAAGACAUUCUGCAACCUGACGAACCGGAAGAGCUAGGCGAAGUGAUAGAGGAAGACGGCGGCGCCGGUGCGGCAGCCGCGAUCGCAGACGAAUCCAAGACCCUGGUCCCGACGAAAGUGCACAUCCGCGGCCUCGACACCCUGAGCACCGACGACAUACGCAACUACGUCAAGGCGCACUACGGCCCCGUGGACAGGGUGGAAUGGAUCGACGACACGUCGGCCAACCUGCUGUUUGGGGGGGAGUCGACGGCGCGGGAGGCGCUGGUCGCCCUGUCGGCCACCGAGAUCGCCGACCCCACAGCCCUGGCGGUGGGUGAGAUCCUCCCGGCCAAGCCCGUCGAGUCCAGGCCCGAAAUCACCCUGCACGUGCGCACGGCCUUGCAGUCGGAUAGGAAGCAGCCCGGCGCCGCGAUGCGCAGCCGCUUCUACCUAAUGAACCCAGAGUACGACCCGGAGGAGAGGCGCCGGCAGCGCAACAGCGGCAACGGCAACGGGUACCGUGACCGCGACCACCACCAUCACCAUCGUCGUCGUCGCGACUCGGACAGACGCCCCCCGCGCUUCGAGGCGAGCAUGUACGACGACGCGCCCACUCGACCGUCCCGUUCGCGUUCGCGUUCGCGCUCCCGCGACCGUCGUCGCGACGGAGACCGCUCAUACUCGCCCGACCAGCACCGUCGGCCGUACGCCCGCGAGAACAGGGGUAAAGAACUCUUCGGCGGCGGUGGCAGCGGCCGUCGUAGGGUGAGCAGCAGGUCUGCAUCGCCCCGCGGAGACAGGGACAUGGACGUCGACGCCGUCGACGAUGACGCCCCGUCGAGCAGCAACAGCCGCGUCAGGGCACGCUCCCUGCGCGACGACAGGCAUAGAAACGAGUCCAAGGAGUUGUUCCCGUCCAAGGCCAAGGCCGCGUCGGGACGCUCGGGGAGGCUGGACCGGCUCGAGACGGCGCUGGGAACCGCCCAGCUCAGGGAUGAGGACAUGCCCAGGAUCGUGGACGGCGGGAUCAAGAUCCGUGGCGCGGCCGCAGGUGGUGCCGCUGCUGGACAACUGGGCUUCAACAUCAAGGGCUCCGCGGCGAAUGCCAGGGAGCUGUUUCCCGGGAGGUUGGGCGGGAAUGGCAAUGGGAGUAGCACUAAUGCGGGCAAGGAGUUGCUGGAUAAGAGGCCUAGCAGGCGGAAGGCCGAGGAUCUUUUCGGAUAG